ACUACUGUCGGACCACCGGAGGAUUAUGAAGUCGCUUAAAUGUUUGGUGUGUUAAAUCCAGAACGCCUUGAGAUUAAAUAUGUAUUUCGGAAUCAUAGCACGGGAAGAAGAAGUUUUUUAAAGAGUCCAGUACACCCACAUAAAAGUGAUAUAAUGGAACAAACAGUUGGGAUGUCUUAAUCCCAUUUCAGCGUCAAAGAGAUCCACUACGGUCGCCAUGGCUUCCCCGAGCGCCAUCCGAGAUAAACUCCGCAAGCAGCGGCGAUCCUUGCAAGAAACCUUGGGGAAACUCAAGCAUGAGAGUGACGACGAGCAGGCUCUGGUUCCGUCUUCCAGGUUGAGUGAAGAGUCGCUACACUCAACAAUGAAGGAUCCGCAAAGGAGCGAAGACGACCCUGGAGAAACCCUCAAGCAAAAAUUACGGGCCCAGAGACAGAUGAGAAGGAAAAGGCUGUUGGAGCAGAUUUCCGCUCAGGAGUUGCCCAGUGAUGAUGUGGAGGAGAUUUCCAGUGCUCGGGACCUCAGUGAAGAUGAAGGCCCUUCAAACAGGACCACAGAACCUUCAGGAACGAGCCUCGCCUCCAAAGCUUCAGAGAGUCGCACCUCGCAGCAGUUCGACCGCUUCGUGACGCGACGUUUGGAGGAGAAGCUGAAAGCAGCUAGGUCGCAAGGCGAGAGUCUCCAGCGUCAGGAGGCGUCGGCGACCGACGCCACUCGCCUGCAGAGCCUCCGAGACAGAUCGACAGUCAGGUCUGACAGAGAGGCGGAUUCGGAGGGUGAUUUCAGCGCUCAUCUUGUUCCUCAGGGAGCCAGCACCAGGGUAAAGUUCCAGGAGACCACCCAACGCGCGGAAAAGGAGCGGCCAACCAGCGAGGAGGCGUACAACUUUUUCACGUUCAACUUUGACCCGGAGCCGGAACCUGAGCCGGAACCUGAGCCGGAGCCCGAGCCGGAGCCCGAGCCGGAGCCAAGCACGAGUGGAAAGACUCGGAAGCAGAGGAAAACGGGCGAGGACAGCAGCCAAGCGCUGGACGAGACUGAAGAACAAAGUCAGGACCAAAACCAGAACGAGGAAGAGCCGCUCAUGCAAGACGACGGCAACGUGUUUGUCAUCGAGCAAACGUCCAAGGACUUUGUGGAAGUGAAGAGCGCCGAGUAUAUCGGCUUGCGGGCGCUCACUCUGCGCCACCGCCCGCUCGUCUACACGCCGAGCUCCCGGACGGUGCCGAUCUCAGCGAAACUACCGGAGAACAUGAGGCCUCGCUAUCUGGAGGAGGAGGGUCUUUACGUGGGCGAGCGGCCUGUGGUGACGCCCACCAACGAGAACAUUCUGGAGAACCGCAUUUUGAAAAUGGAAGAGGGAGGCAAGUGGUUCGGAGAUGACGGCAGGAUCAUCGCUCUGCCGGACCCCAUCAAGGAAUCGUCUACCAGGCCGCCGCUCUUUGAUAUGGAAGACGACCUGGACCCAGGCCUGCAAACUGUGUACAGGAAGCCACUCAAUUGCAAGCACACGCAACAGUUCAUCAGCGACGCACCGGACGCUGAGGGAGGCUACCAGCUGGAUGUGGACGUGUCGGGACUCAUCUUCUCCCAUCACCCGCUCUUCAGUCGCGAGCACGUGCUAGCAUCGCGUCUGGCACAGCUGUUCGACCAGUACCUCAACCGACAGCGCAGCAACCUCGCCGAGCACCUCACCGACAAGUUGAACGGGUUGAGGAACACCAUGAGGAACAUGCUGGAGAUCCACAGCGAGCAGAACCUCUCGCAAGCCCUGCAGCAGAGGAUCGUGGAGUACAGCGUGGAGGUCAGGAACACGAGGCUACUACGGGACGGCGAGCAGGAGAAGGACAGGACGCUGCUGAAGAACCUGAUCAAAGUCUGGAAGGAACUCAAAGCCCUCAGAGAGUUUCAGAGGUUCACCAACACGCCUUAUAAGCUCUACCUAAGACGGGAGAACGUGGACCGCGAGACGGACGAGCGCAACUACGAGAAGGACAUUUUGUCCGAGGUGUGGGAGCUGGAGGCCGAGGGUGAGGUGGACUACCAGAGCAAGAUGGCCGAGUACAAGAAGCAGCUGGAUGAGUGGAAGGCCUGGAGGAGGAAGCAGAAAUCCAAGAAGAAGAAGCGAAAGAAAAAGAAAGGGCAAAGUCAGGAUGAAACAGAAGAAGAAGAGCAGGAAGUGAGCGAAUCUGAGGGGCCCGACGAAGAAGCGCCCCCCAGGCCGGUGCCACCGCAAAAGUUGGACUUUGACAUCAUCGAGCAGCAGGUGCGCGAGAAAGCGGCCAGGUUACGCCGCAGGCCGGGCGAGGCCAUCCUGCUUCCCGAGCUGACCGCCUCCGGAAGCAUCUCGGAGGCGGAGCUCUGCCCCAGGGGCGAAGUGGCUCGACGGGAGGACGUCGCCAGACGCUCCGUUUUUAUCAAGAUUCUGUACAACGACAAAGAAGUGACACAGACCAACAGCCGCGCGCUCACUUCCGACUUCAGAGUGCAUUUUGGGGAGAUUUUCAACCUGAAGAUUGUCAACUGUCCCCGAAGCAUUACCUUACAGGUCUUCGAGGAGGCGGGCUCGUCGUGGUCGCUCCUGGCACAAGUCUACGUGCCGGUGCCACAUUCCUCGGUAUUGCCGGCCAACGCCUCCAUUGAGGAGUUUGAGUUCAGUAGCAACCAGAGGGUGAUGUUUGACCACGAGGGCGUGGGAAGCGAUGUUCCACUUUCCUUCACGGCCGAGGGCAGCGACAACGUGAUCUUGCUGACCUCUGGUAAGGUGUCGUGCUGCGUUUCCUGGGGCGUCGACGAGGAUAACGUGCCGCUGGCGCCUCCCGUGUCUCAGAAUCCCGCUGCCCUGCACAGCCAUUUUGACGGCAUCUCUCGCAUCGAGUCUUCUGGCGAUGUCAAAAAAAUCGGCGAGUGGGCCUUGCAAUCUCGACUGGACCCCAACGAUCCCAAAAAUGCCUCUAUCAUGCAGCUGCUUAAAGUGGCCAGCAGCGGCGAGGUGAUGACUUCUGAUCACUUCCGUCUGGAGCAGCUGCAGGAGGAGUUCAACUUUGCCAGCGACGAGGAAUUGGCGCGCUCCCGGCGCUUCCGCUUGCUGGCGCUCCGGAACCAGGAGGUGCCCGAGUUUCGCAACUACAAGUGCGUCCCCUCUCGUGAGAGAGAAAUCACAGAAAAAGUCUUUCAGGACUACGAGAAGAGGCUGAAGGACGGCGAGAUCAUCGACACCAAAGAACAUCUGGAUUCCCAUCGAGCCUUGGUGGCCAACUACCUCCAGAAGAUCCGUGAGGCGGUCAUCCAUAGGUUCCUCUUGGCCAGCCAUCACUUCCUGCUGUCCGACAUGGUCGUCGAGGAGGAGAUGCCGUGUUUUGGGAGAACACUUUUACAAAGAGUGACACAUCGCCACCUUCGAGAUGGCAGUGAGUUUUUAGAGCGGAGGAGUCCCGAGCCAAUAAAACUGACUUGCAGGGCAGACUUGCUGAUGAUUCUGGGCCUCAGCCUCUUCCACCUGGCUGAGCCCAAGCGUCCUCUCAAGCCUCAGAGGAAGGAGAGGAAGAAAGUGACGGCUCAGAACCUGUCCGACGGAGACAUCAAGCUAUUGGUCAACAUCCUGCGGGCCUACGACAUCCCCGUACGCCGCUCGCAGAACAAUAAAGCAGGACACUUGGCACAAGGCGCCACCCAGACCAGCGACUGGUUCAUCAACCAGGUCCAGGUGAGGCCCUUCGUGGAAGUUUCCUUCCAGCGCAACGUCUUCCAAACCACCACCGCCGACGGGCCCAACCCCUGCUGGAACGAGGAGCUGAAGCUGCCUUUCCGUGCACCAAAUGGAGACUAUAGCAUCGCUAGCUUGCAGUCGGUCAAGGACGAUGUCUUCAUCAACAUAUUUGAUGAGGUGGUUCAUGAAAUUGGGGUGAGUGACGAAGACAAAGGCAAAUCGCUGCACACUCGAGUGGAGAAGCACUGGCUGGGAUCUGUCAAGAUUCCCUUCAGCACCAUCUACUCGCAGUCCAGGAUCGACGGCACAUUUAAGGUGAACAUGCCGGCCGUGCUGCUGGGCUACAGCAAAGAGCGCAUCCACAGUGCCGCCGGCGCCUACGAGGCCAUGCAGAGCCUGUGCCAGGGUGCCUUCAUCACGCUCUUCAUCACCAUCGAGCCUCAGCUGCUGCCCGGCGACUCCAUCAGGGAGAAGAUAAAGGAACUAAAGUUUGACAGCCAGGAGGACGAGCGUCUGCUGCAGGCAGCCGGGCGCUUUGAGCGCGUGGCGGCCGCCGAGUUCCCGGGACGGAUGUGCACCACCACGGUGGUGGACCUCAGCGGCAAGACGGUCUUCAUCACGCGCUACAUACGGCCGCUCAACCCGCCGCAGGAAUUGCUGGCCCUCGAACCCCAGGAAGCCACGGCUCAGGUGGCGCACUUUGUGUCGCUCAUCCCGUCUCUGCCAGACAGAGUUUCCUUUGCUGGCAUCUGUGACCUGUGGAGCACCUGUGAUCAAUUCCUUACAUUGCUGGCUGGAGAUGAAGAAGAGCACGCCGUGUUGUUGUGCAACUACUUCCUGUUCCUUGGCAAGAAGGCCUGGCUGGUUAUCGGCACUGCCAUUCCGGAGGGUUCCAGCGCGUACGUGCUGACGCUAGAGCAAGGCCGCUACCUGAUCUGGAACCCCAGCAGUGGCCAAUACUACGGACAGUACGACACCUUCUGUCCCCUGCAGGCUGUCGGCUGCCUUGUCAAUGCUGACAACGUCUGGUUGAACAUUCAGGAGCACGUUUCCCCCAUGAGGAUAAGCUUCGAUGUGAGCAGAGCCAAUGGCUGGAGGCCCUUUUUUACGCGCUCUUUCGCACAUCCCGGACUUUCCAGUGUGCAGCCAGAAGAACUAGUGUACCGACACUCUGACAAAGUGACCGCAACAGAGCUUCAAGACAGGUUGGAGAAGCUGCUGCGUGACAAGCUGAUGGAGUGGCGCCCCCACCGACCCACGCGUUGGAACCGCUACUGUACCACUGCCCUUAAGCACUUCCUGCCCAGCCUUGAGCAGAGCGCCAGCGGCCCGGGGGGCGGCGCCAGCCGUGACAUGGCCGAGGCUCACCGCCACGAGCUGCAGAGCCUGUUGGGUGACAACAGAAUUUCAGGCUUUCCGCUGCACAUGGCGUUCUCUGAGGUUGCCCCCGUGGUGGAGGCGGUGCACAGCACAGGGGUGCACACCAUUCAGACAGCCAACGUGGAGUUCGCCCUGGCCGUCUACGUGCACCCGUACCCCAACAAUGUGCUGUCCGUCUGGGUGUACCUCGCCUCACUUGUGCGCUCCUGAUGUGGUCAAUAACAAGAUAUAGUAGCCCUGCCUCCAACAGCAAAAUCCACGAGUAACACAGAAAGGGUUUCAUUGCCAUCAUAAUCAAUUACUAAUUGAUUAACUGAUGGUGUAGUGGUACAUCCGCCUGUCUUGUUUGCAGGCACCAUGAGUUUGAUUCCCACAUAUGACGGUGUCAAAGUCAGCUUUAUUGUCAAUCUCUCCACAUGUUAAGACAUGUUAAAAAAAUCUCUGCUGUAAAUGGUUUUCUGUAUUAAAAAUAGAAUAUUAGUAUGA